AUGGUUCUCCAGUCAGUUGUGGAACAGUUGGAUAUUUCAGGCCACAAAGAGAAUCUUUGCAUUACCACAGUGAUGGGCGACACUAAAUGGAAGGGAGAAUGUGUCAACUUUCAGGUCUCGGCUCGGGGAGACGGCGAAAAGUAUGCUAUACAGUGCGCAUUCACUGCCCCAGAUGUUCAACUGGUCGAUUACAGUGUGUCCGCAGAACAGCUACAAGACAAGUGGCCUCACUUAAGAGGGCUAGCCUUGUUUUCUGCCCAUAGAGUUCAACCGUCUGUGCUAAUCGGUGCAGACCAUGUUGAACUCACGCUCUCAUCUGAAGCCCGCUCUGGUCCAAAGUCUAGUUCACCUGUGGCGGUGAACACCUUGUUUGGCUGGACUGUUCUUGGUCACCAAGGUCUGCAGAUCCCUGGCAAAACUUUGGAAGGCCAAAGGGUUUUGUUCACUUCAUGCACCUUACAGCAACCAGACCAGAAGCUGCACCAGAUGAUGGAGCAAUUUAUGACAGUUGACAAAUUACCGCAGGUAAAUGAGAAACAGGCAACCCGCUCAAGGAAUGACAAAUUGGCCAUAAGCAUCUUGGAGGAGAACACCAAGGAAGUUGAAGUUGAUGGUGUGAAACGACUAGAGACCCCGCUUUUGUGGAAACCUAACCACAAGAGACCUUCCAAUCUCCCACAAGCAGUACUGGCAUUGGCCCGCUCAAACCAGAGGAAAAUUGAACGGAACCCAGAUUUGUCUGAUUAUUGUCGCUCAUACAUCCGGAAGCUCCAAGACCAGGGACAAGUGAGGAACCUUGGACCGGUGGAUGAUUUGUCGGCGGACCAGCAACAGGGUUGGUACAUUCCAUGUCAUGUUGUGCACAGCAGUGGAAAAAACCGUCUCGUUUUCAAUUGCUCGUUUGAGUGUGGUGGACAGAGCCUCAACCAUGAAUUGCUUGCUGGUCCAACUUUAGGUCCAUCGCUCUUGGAUGUUCUCUUGCGUUUUCGUCAGGGUAAGGUGGCAGUGUUGGGCGAUAUUACCGCCAUGUUCCAUCAAGUCAGACUUCUUCCUGAAGAGCGACGAAUGUUCCGAUUUCUUUGGAAAGAUGACCAGCUUGACAAGUGGGUUGUCUUUGAGUGGAUGGUGCUGCCUUUCGGGGCUGCAUGCAGUCCCUGCUGUGCAGCAUUCGCCCUUCAGAAAGCUGCUAGGGACCGGGUCGAGCAGUAUCCACAGGUUCAGUAUACAGUAGAGAAAGAGACGUAUGUGGACAACCAGCUGGCCAGCCGAGAUAGCGAACAAGAAGCAACCGAACUUGUUCUUGGCACACGCAAAUGCCUACAAGAAGUAGGAUUUCAGAUGGUGAAAUAUGCAAGCAGUCACCCCAAAACACUUCAAGGUCUUCCUGUGGAGGCAUGCUCAACUCGUCAGGUGCAGUCAUUGUCCCUGGGUCUACAAGAAGGCGAUCCGGAACCGGCUCUGGGAUUAUGUUGGGACUGGAAGAGUGAUGAGUUGCAUCACCCAGCGAAGGUUCCAGACAACCAGGUGCUUACUAAGCGCAUCGCUCUCAGGGUCCUUGCCAGUCAGUUCGAACCACUGGGGGAUAUUGCACCAUUCACUGCAAGAGCCAAGUUGUUGGUUCGUGACCUGUGGUUAGAAAAGUUGGAUUGGGAUGAGAGGGUGACAGACACCGGCUUGACCCAGAGGUGGGAGGAGUGGUGCACCGAGUUGGAACACAUCCCACAGAUGCGCCUGCCGCGGUGUUACACACCGCCAUCGGUUGACACAGCAACAGCAAAGAGGUCUCUGCAUAUAUUUUGUGAUGCGUCAGAGAAGCUGUACGGAGCAGUUGCCUACCUGCGUACAGUUUACAGCCAAGGGGAGGUCCAUUUGAGCUUUGUAUUGGCCAAAUGCCGGGUUGCACCAAAGCGCUUACUAUCCAUGCCACGUCUUGAGCUGAUGGCAGCUCUCCUCGGUGCCCAAAUUUGUCAAGUUGUCCUCGAAGCCCUGACAAUUGAGAUCCAGUACUCUGUGAUGUGGAGCGACUCCACCACAGUACUCAGCUGGAUUCAGUCAGAGUCAUGCCGUUUCAAGGUAUUUGUUGGAACCCGCAUAGCUGAGAUACAAACAUUGACUGAUGACAUUGAGUGGCGCUACGUCCGGAGUGAGGACAAUCCUGCUGAUGAUAUAACCCGUGGCUUACCGGUUUGCAAGCUGGGAGAAGGCUCAAGGUGGACUGAGGGCCCAAAGUGGCUUCUGGAUCCACAAGAGGAAUGGCAGAAAGACAGUGCAAGUGUCUUGGCCCAAACUCGUGUCAACUCAUCAGUAGGACAGAAUGAUAUAAGGAGUGUCUUCUGUGGACUCACAGUUCCUACUUCAGAGGUAGACGUUGAUUUCAAAGCCUUUCCCAGUUGGGGAGAGUUGGUAAGUGCGGUUGGUCAGCAGCGUUACACAGAUGACCAGUUGCUCGAGGGUACCUUAACUCCAGAUCAACGCCGUGAGAUCGAGAUCUUACUGCUACGACGGGCACAGAAGGACACCUUCAAGGAGGAAGUCACUGCACUUUCAUCCAAUAGGGAACUUUCUCGUAAUAGUCGUCUGCUGGAAUUGGCGCCUGAACUUGACCCAGCUGACAAAUUGAUCAGAGUUGGAGGUCGGCUCAGAAGGGCAGCCAAAAACGACUCAAUUUCUAUUGAGCCUCAUCCAGUCGUACUUGACCCACACCAUCCUGUGACAAAACUCCUGAUAAAGGACGCUGAUGCCUAUCUCAGUCAUCAAGCUGGAACCGAACAGGUGUUUGCCCAUUUGCGACGCCGAUUUUGGAUCCUUAGGGGACGCAGUGUGGUCAAGGGAAUCUUGCAUGCUUGUCCUGGAUGCCGUCGCUGGCGAGGAACACCCAAGGUCCCACGUAUGGGUGAUCUUCCAGAGUGCAAGUUGCGUUUGGGAAAACCACCUUUCUACUCGACAGGAAUGGACUGUUUUGGGCCCAUGACAGUUAAAAUUGGGCGAAGACAGGAAAAAAGGUGGGGGUUGCUUUUUAAGUGCAUGACCACUCGUGCCGUGCAUCUUGACCUUCUCGAGAGCCUUGAUGCAGAUCACUUCCUGAUGGCCUACAGGCGUUUUGCCUCCCGCAGAGGAGUUCCGUUUGAACUUCUAAGUGACUGUGGAACCAACUUUAAGGGGGCCAAUACAGAAGUCGAGCAGACCUUGAAGGCAAUGGAACCAGAUAUUGUCCAGCGACUUGCCAAGUAUCGAGUCAAGUUCAAAUUCAAUCCCCCCAACGCACCCCACUUUGGGGGUACCUGGGAGCGGGAGGUCAGGUCAGCCAAGGGGGCACUAAAGGCUGUACUUGGAGAUAGGACAGUAACAGAUGCUGUGUUACGCACCGUGCUAGUGGAGGUCGAAGGCAUCCUAAAUUCAAAACCUCUUGGAUACGCUUCAUCUGAGAUAGCCGACGUGGAUCCGGUUACUCCAAAUAUGCUCCUGAUGGGAAGACGGGAUCCAGCGCUACCAAUGGUAGUCUAUGACGAGAGCGAACUGAGGGGUCGUAGGAGUUGGCGGCACAGCCAAGUGCUAGCUGAUCAAUUUUGGCGUCACUUCGUUAGGUCCUAUCUUCCUAGCCUUCAAACCCGCCAGAAGUGGCAAAGGGAAGAGGAGAACCUGUCGGAAGGAAAUGUUGUUAUGAUAGCGGAUCCUCAGCUAUCAAGGUCGCAGUGGCCAGUGGGUACUGUUACUCAAGUCUUUCCCAGUGACGACAAGCGAGUAAGGGUGGUCAACGUUCAAGUGAACAACAGAGUCUACAAGCGUCCUGUUGCCCGGCUCAUAAAACUAGCCAAGUAUGACGAAGGUGAUACUCCCGGUUUGACCAAGGUUAUACUCACCCAGAUCCCCAUUCCCUUUAGGCUCUGUGGCAUUAGGAACUGA